AUGUCACUUUUAGAUUCCGAUCGAAUUGCCGUUGCGGGCGGUGGCGGCGGUUGUGGCCGCGUUGGGAAUGGUGGACAUGCAGGAGGCAUGACUGGUGGGAAUGGAAUAAUUUUUGCCGAUAAUGAUCCUGGUUGGUGUGGAAAGGGUGAAUCACAGAUUUCUGGCGGAAAAGUCGGCUCGUAUUAUGAUGGAUUUACAACUCAUCUUGGAAAAGAUGGAGAAUUAAAGCGAGGUGGUGAUGGUUAUGGACAAGGAUUUAAUGCAGGUGGUGGUGGAGGUGGUUUUUACGGAGGAGGAGGUUCUUAUGAGUCAGGAGGUGGUGGGGGAUCUUCAUAUCUGAACCCAGUUUUGUAUGGAAGUAUACUUAGCGGUAGCGAAUCUUUCAAAUCUCCUGAAGGCACUCUUGAAACCGGUCAUUAUGGUGAUGGUUUUGUUCAAAUCACACCAAUGUAUUAUACAUGCUUAGCACAUACCUAUAUGCAGCUUCAUUUUCUAUUUACUUUAAUUUCUCUCGGUUUUUCUUAA